AUGGCUUGUGACGUCACCGCGGCGGCCUGGCAGGGUCAGGCGGAUCGCUGUUUCUACGAGACCCUGCUGAAACAAAAGCCAGAGAGUCACAUGGCGCAGGACUGGUGUCUGGCGCACGGGGUGUGCGGGGCGGCUGAAGCGGAUGCUCUCUACAAGAGAGUCUGCAAGAGGAAAGGGCUGCAACCGUUGGCCCACGCGUCGUCUCUAUCCAGCUCCCCCGUCAAAAAGGUGAAGCGUUCUUCAGCGGGGGGCAAGAGCAGGCCGAGGAGCAGCUUGCCGAAAGAGAUGGACGCGGAUACCGGUUUCGAAGCGAGCGGCGUUUUCGAGGGAGUUGGCACGACAGGAUUUUGAUCGGUCGGGGCUACGCAUCUUCUGUAGUUUUUUCCUUUUCCGUGUUCGCGUUUAGGUUUUUGUUAGUGAAUAGUUACUUGUGCGUGCUUGUGCUGUGUGGAAGUUUGCCAGCUGUCUGUACUCGACCACCUGCCGGAAGAACUGCCGUGCUCCACGUGAGGCGUACUGGGUUGGUUGGGUCUUGUGCGAUGGACCCGCCGUCUCUGGAUGGAGGAUGGUGUCAGCAGGACGUACAUGUGUUGACGGUCACGGCGCUGUAUCAAUUUAGACCUCAAGAGACUCCGGCAGGAAAUAUGUUUGGGAGGCAUGGCACGGAUAUUCCAACGAUCAGCCGUACUUCGGCA